CCAGAGAUCCGCGAAAAAAUAAGACCGUACCAAUGUGGAGUGUCCGGAAAUAAAGCCAAAGUAUGUUGUCCGUUAACACCCAUCACUAUUGAUCAAUCUGGAGAUUUCGAGACCUUCCAAUUCCCUGAGGUGUCCAACCACAAGAACAUCAAUCUGUUGCCAAGGAACUGUGGACAAUUGGGCAUCGGUAAUAAGAUAGCGAAUGGGGACGAAACGGAUUUGUUUGAGUUCCCAUGGAUGGCACUUUUAUCGUACCAGACCGAAAACGGACCAAAGUUUCGCUGCGGUGGUACCAUCAUCAACGAAAACUACAUACUCACGGCAGCCCACUGCGUCGUCAAUAUCGAAAAAUCGGGACUCAAACUAAUUGGAGUCCGUGUUGGUGAGCACGACCUUCGUACUACGAAAGACUGUCGAACAGAAUACGGAAGAGAAACUUGUUCUCCUCCAGUCCAAGACCUAGCAAUUGAAAAAGUCAUCCCCCACCGGAGAUUCGACAGCAGGACCGUCCGCAAUGAUAUAGCCCUCAUUCGAGUUUCCAAAAUCGAUCUAGACCAAGUAAACACCAAACCUGUGUGUCUGCCCCUGGAAAACACCGGUAACUUCAAUUACACCAUCAAAAAGGUGACUGUGACUGGUUGGGGCAAGACCGAAAGACGUGUACCAAGUCCUGUUCUUCUUAAGGCAAAACUUGAAGUUUCUCCUCGAAAAGAAUGCCAAGAAAAAUACAAACGUUACCAAAUACAGGAAACCCAGCUGUGUGUUGGUGGGCAAGGGGGCCCGAAUGCCGCCGACUCGUGUAACGGCGAUAGCGGGGGCCCUUUGCACUCCGUGGAGGAUCUUCACGAAGCGCCUAGAUACAUCCAACAGGGAAUAGUUUCCUUCGGGCCGGUCGACUGCGGAAAAGUUGCCAUUCCGGGGGUCUACACCAGAGUGGCCUUCUACCUGGACUGGAUCCUGGACCAACUCAAACCUUAACAAAUACUGGAAAAUAAACUCUAA